GUGUCAGUGGGGGGAGGAAUAGUGCCCCAUCAUAGGUGUCAGUGGGGGGAGGAAUACUGCCCCAUCCUUGGUGUCAGUGGGGGGAGGAAUACUGCCCCAUCCUUGGUGUCAGUGGGGGGAGGAAUACUGCCCCAUCCUUGGUGUCAGUGGGGGGAGGAAUCGUGCCCCAUCCUUGGUGUCAGUGGGGGAGGAAUA